UGAUUUAGACGGUUUUAUAAAAUAAAGAGUAAAAAAAAAAAACCCCAAAAUGAUUUAUUUUACACUUUGACGUAUAUAAGACGCCUCUCUAGUGACAUACUGAACCUAGGCUGAAAUAAUCGCUGUUGUAGAAAAGAAGCUUUGGUAGAUCGCACAGAGAACACAUGUCGUCUGCAGCAGAGACUGUAGAAAAUGCCUCCAUUAUUUCAGAGAGUGUGGCCCAUGAAGGAAACCGCUUAUGGAUAGGCAACAUUGACCCCAAGAUCACAGAGUAUCAUCUGGUGAAGCUGUUGGAGAAGUUUGGUAAAGUGAAACAGUUUGAUUUCCUUUUUCAUAAAUCUGGGCCUUUGGAAGGACAACCUCGAGGAUACUGUUUCGUCAAUUUCAACACCAGAGAGGAGGCAGAAAGAGCGAUUCAGUGUCUAAAUGGGAAGCUGGCCUUGUCCAAGAAGCUGGUUGUACGUUGGGCACACGCACAGAGGUUUGAAACGUUCCGUAAUGAAAAGCCGAUGCCUUCUAGUCUGGAGCCAUCCAGCAGUGGUGCCACAGUGGAAGGGCCCAUAACAGCCAAUCACCUCAGUACGAGCGCAAAAAUCCGCGCCAUCGAGGCCAAGCUGCAGAUGAUGGACGAGAAUCCAGACGAAGAAUACUCAGGACCGUCGGCCUACGUUUACAACAAACCACAAGAGAGGAAGCGAUGGGAGCCGUACUCCAAAUCACACCACAACAACCAGAGCAGGCCCUUCAGGAAGUUCAGGAGAUGACAGCGCCUCCCUGCUCAUCCUGGAGAACCACCACCACCACCAUCAUCAUCACUGCUACACUCAGAGUGAAUCCAGAUACUCUUAAGAAUCCAUGUUGGAAUAAAGUAUUUUUGAAUUUCCAAUUUCUUCUGGGAGUCAUCACAAAGCACGACAUUUUCUUUUUUUUUUUUAAAUAAUGGCAUCAUGACCUGUUAUUCUGCCUCUACCUGACUGAUGUGCAUCAGACUCUUUUUUUCCCAGAAUUCAACAGGUUACAGUGAAAUCUUAUUAUUUCAGAAACAAUGAAUAGUAACAAGAAACAGACUUCAGCGACCGUCUCAAGUCAAGAUGUUGAAGUGGAAUUCUGUCGGUAGAAUCAGGAUUCACUCAAGAAAAACUUUGCGCAGGUUUCUGUAUUUUGUGUUAACUUUUUAAAUGUAUUCUUCUGCUGACUAUUAACUAUUUUUUGAGUGUGUGGCAUUUGUUUUUGCCGCGCACCUUAUUUUGGAUUUUAAAUAAAAAAAAGACAGU